CGCAACACCAAACCCCAUUUCCCCGAGUGUCACCAAUCUCAUCACCUCCCCUCCUCCAACACAUGAUCGCUAGCCAGUCAUCUUCUUUUCUACUAUCGUUUUGAGAAAAAAGAAAAGGCUGGCAUCGCCGCCACCAUGGCAGCAGAGACUAGCUGGUUUCGCGGCUUCCAGCGCUCCCGCGGAUCCGCGCCUACCACUGCUCCCUCCAGUGCCAGCGCCGGCUCGGCCAUCUCCACGACCGCGAUUGACGAUCGCGAUGCCGCCGACCAGGAGAAGCAGCAGCCGCACCUGCUGUCUCCUACCCGGCGACGCCUGGCUCGUCCCUCGAUCCACCGCGUCUCUAGCCUGUUGAAUCUCAGCAUCGGCGGAGGAGGCGGCAGUAGCUCGUCCCAUCACAACCUCCUUCGCAUGACGACGACUCCCUCGCCGCCUCUGGUCGCUGCUGGUAAUACUGGCGGCAGUGGUGGUGACCGGGGAGUUAGAAAUGCUCUCGGCGACCACGGGGAAGACGCACACCACGAAGACACUUGGCACAACCCCAACAUCAUGCAGAUGGUGGAAACCCUCCAGGCUGCCAUGAUGAGCAAGAGAGAUUCGUUAGCGCCAAUCCCGAUCAUGUACAAUUCGUAUGUCCUUGCUUUGCUGGAGGGCUUUGCUCAGACCACACGACAGCUCCGUAAUGCGCAGAGCGAUCUUGACGAGCUCAAGGACCUGCGCAAGAAGGAGUUGGAGCAGUUCCGCAGCAUAAGCGAAGAUUGGAUGCGCCGCGAGGGAGAGUACAAGGCAGAAAUAAAACGCCUCGAACUGACGCUGGCCAAGGAGAGCAAAGAUGGCGUCUUAUCCGUCGCUUUGGCGCGACAGGAGAGUGUGGUGGACCGGUCAGAAUCGAAGCGUUUUCAGGCCCGGCUGAAGAGAAUGAGCAUUUCGCAGGAGCACGACUCGGACGACGAAAAUAUGGAAAAGCCUAGACCGGCGGGUCCUUUGGAGGCAGUCACCUGCUACACAAGGAUAGGAGACAUCCCGCGAAUCUUGAACGAAGACAACGAUAUAUUCAUGAGUUGUUUUGUCAAGGCGCGAGAGAAAGAUCAGCAGCGACAUCAGAAACUGAUGACUGGUGCGGAUCCUGUCGGAAACUCCAGAGCGCCUCAGCAUCAGAGGUCAAAAGCCAAACGUAGGCAAAAUCUGAGACAGACACUCGAUCAAAUGUCACCUGGCCAGAGAGGUUCGCAGACACACCAUUAUGCCGGUACUGCAAAUCUAGUCCAAAACCAGCUCAUGCAGUCUCAUCUGGAUGCAAAUGAUCGGGAAACUUCUCCAGGAAGUGUUGAGCCAAUCUCCUCCGGAAGCUCGAGGACGAGUUCGGAGUCUUUUAUUCCAACACACUAUCGGGACAGCGAUAAUGCUCCCCAGGUAGCUUCAGACAAUGACUCGCUUCCUGAUCAUAUGCCGCAGCCGAGUUCAGGCCAGGGGGAUGGCGGCAAAUAUGGAGGCAUGAGCCUUAAUCGACAAGCAAAGUACAGAGACGAGGCUCUUGUGUUGAGUGAUGAUGAUCACGCCACUGAGGGCACCCAAAGCAUGAACUAUUGUGGCGCCAUUGGGAGUGGAACUAAUCGGGGUCCAAUCUCUCGACCGCAGCGGAGCCGUGGCUAUUCGUUUGAAAAGGGCGUUGAUGAGACGUUGUCGCUACAGUCAGUUGCAAACGGCCCAGAAGCCGAUUGGCACCCAACUCUGGCGAGUACAACCGCGGACCGACAUUUCUUGGCCUCACAGGCGUUUGAGUUACGCCCCGGCGGAUCUGAGGACCUUGUCGGCCGUCUCUAUCCAAGGGCUUCUGUAUGGCCGAAGUCACCCUCGAGCCCGGCACCAACAACUGUCUCUAGUCUCGAUUUCGGCUUCAAUCAUCUCACGCCAUCGACCUCGGCGGAUUCUGUGGUUUGGGUUGGGAAUGGUCCCAUGCCCAAAGCCUCCGGAGACUCGCUUAGCCCGACCGGAGCCGUUGAGGUUGAGAAGAACAAAGGCUCAACCUCUUCUGAUCACGCGGCCACCGCUCCAACGGAGUCUCCAGGGCCUGCUAGAAGAAACUCUACCCAGCUGGCCAACAGAACCAAAGACCGGACCAAGGCAAAUGGUACCGUUCCCGGUACAUAUACGCCUGUGCUGUCGAGUCCCAGAGUCAUUUUGGACACGAGAGAGUAUGAGCCGAAGUUUUUGGUACUUUUUGGUGGUACGGGUGGCGGUACUGAGUUAGCUUUGGGUGCAACAACCCAAACCGAUGUUGAUCAGGUGGUUGCAAAACCUUUUCUAGGGCCGAGAAGUGUGUCGACACAAUCUUUGACGCUAGCCACGGGUCGAUCAACGCCAAUCAGCGUGUCUCCUAGCUGGAACGUGUCAGGAAUUCAAGGAGCAUCAGAGACAGCAACUGAUGCGGCCAGAAUUGCGGCUGCUCGGGCUUUGGCUAACCGGCCCCAUGAUCGAGCGAAUAAGCUCAAGCCAGCUCGGUCAGGCCCGCCGGGAGAGAAAUGAUGCAUUUUUCGAGGCUAAUCGCCGGGAAUCUGUUGGCGUCUCGUCCCCUUGGUUCCAGCCUGGUAGGGUGUGUGAACUUAUCAGGGCCCAGAACUUUCCAGGACGCAAGGCUUAGGUAGUGGAGCGGAGUUUCUC